UUUGCAUUGAUUUGAUUCGCAUCGCAUCGGUCGGUGGUUUUAAAUUUUAAUAUUAAAAAUAAAGAAUUUAAUUACAAAUUGCUGAGUGUUUAACUGUUUAUAUUACAAACUUAAUCUUGAUCCUUAAAUACCAUUUCUGAAUAACAGAAAGCUGAAAGGUUACAAGUGAUCGCAGCAAAGUAAAAAGUUUUACUGGUGGAUAUAUUGAUUUGUUUAAUCUCGCUACAUUUCUAGUGCUCUAAACACGCGAUAUGACAAAACCAUAUCUCAGCAGAGCUAUUGUACCUGCGCAGUUCAGCGAGUGGAACCUUCACAAGUUAAGGACAUGCGAGUGUUGCAUGAAUACCAGUUGAUACAUGAACAGUCUCAGGCUGCGCCGACUGACAGCUGUAGCAGUCUAGUCUCUUGACAGCAGCAAGGUCUAAACCAAGCUAACAAUUUACUCCACAACUAUUUAUACUGCAGCCUUUCUUGAUGAGUGCUGUUUACCAACAAACAAAUUAAAAAUGAGGGUAUAAUUCAUUAGUCAUUUCACACCUCAUAAUAAUUAUAAUUAAUUCAUCCUUGAAUUAAUGAAAAUAAAUUUGACUGAUAAAUUUGAAUCUAAUUGUUCUAAGCUAAUAAGCUAAGAACAAUUAGCUUAUUUUGGUUAAUAUAUUUUAGUUAACAUUUUAUAAACAAAUCAUACAUAAUUUAAAAUAAAUGAGUUAUGAAAUGCCAUGCAUUUUCUACCUUCAUUUCUAAUUUAUUUGUUGGUAAACAGUAUUCAUCAAGAAAGGCUGUAGUAUAGUCACUGGCGCCAGUUUCAGGCUCCUUAAAUUGUAAAUCCUGGAGAUACGUCCGGACGUCACAUCUAGAACGCGAUAGUCACGCACAAAAGCUGCUAAGGAUACAAUACAACCAGUUGUAACUUUAUAAAUUGAGUGCCUAGAGUGAGGACACAGCAGAUUGUUUGUGAUUAUCUCUAUGGUUGACACAAAACAAACACAGACAAUGCGGUGCUGCGUGCCUUUGUGCAAAAACACAUCAGACAAUGCGUCAACAUCUGAGAGAACAGGAAUUACCUUCCGUAGGUUACCUAAUGAAGAAAUCCUCCGCACUGCAUGGCUCAGAGCCCUUGGCACAGAGGAUCAUCACCUGCCCGACCCUGCUGUGGUCUGCUCACAGCAUUUUUCAGAUGACAACUUUUCUAACACAAAGACUUGUGUGAGACAGAUUCACUCUAAUUGUAAUGCUUCAACUGUGCAGGUCGAUAAAUCUGCAGUGGAAGCAGUUGUGAUCAAGAAGGAAGACUGUUCAGUUUAUGAAGAUGACUGUGUGUCUAAUGAGAAAUACCCUAACAUUAGCAUAAAGAUAGAAUUGGAGCCGCUGGAUGAGGCUGUGAGUGAAGCUAUUCAUAGAAAAACAGUGACUUCGUCCACUACAGUUGCAGGAUAUGUGAUCAAAGCUGAGAGUUGCAAGAGUGAAAGUAUUACCUUUGGAUGUACGGUUUGUUAUCAAGACUUUGUACAGGAGAAUGCAUACAAUGAACAUAUGAGCAUGCAUCUCAAGGUGAGCUGCCGUUAUUGUCAUGCCAACUAAGCGAUAUUUCCGAUGCGCGUUGGCAAAUGCCUUUUAAUGUUAGUCAUUUUGUUGAUUUCCUAUCGCAAUGUUUCAGUUCUGCAGUCUGCUUAUCUCUAACAUUAACCUUAUUUCUUAUUUUGUUAUUUGUAUUUUGUGGUAACUAAUAAAGAUUGAUUUAACUUUAA